AUGAGCUGCGCCAACGGACUCAGCAUGGAAAAGGCCCACGCCCUGCCGCGUCAAAUUUCACUGGGGAACCUCCACGCCUCUACUUUGCGGGGCUGUUUUUUUUUGGGUCCGCCACAGCCUGCCGCCGUACAUUGCAGGGCCGUGCGUCACCAACCGCCCGCCGUACAGAAAGCAGUGGCGACUACGCUCGGCGAUGGUGUCGAUGGUGGUCUUGUCCCGUUUUCCUGGGAAACAGGCGUUGCCAUACCGCCUCUCAAACCUGACAAGCAGGCUGGCGACCCAGCCUUGCUUUUUCCCAAUACCGCCCGCAUCUGGCAGGGAAGGGGCGGCUGUAUUUAUGCACCCUCUGCCACCCCUCAGUGCAUUGUAAACGGGGCACUGGCACAUUAG